AUGCAGCGGCAACUCUCGAGCAUGUCGCUCGUCGCGCGCAGCGCCCCGCGACCCGCGUCUGCGCGCACCCACGCCGACACCGCCCGCAGAAAUUGUGCCCGCCAGCCUCAGCACACCGCGCGACAGCUUGCAUCGAACGCCCGCCCUCUCUCGACCUCCUCCACCUCCCGCGCACGACCAGUCAUCUCCCCUCGACCGCCCAUCCCCGCCGAAGUGCGAAAGUCCCGCUCUCUCCCUUCCUCGACCAUCGCGGACCCCGACGGCGCCGACACCGAGUCGCCCGUCGACACGGAAGCGAUCGAAGCGCACGCCAACAACAUCAAGUCGGUGCAGACGCACACGUUCGAGCUUCCGCCCUUGACGCAGGGCCAGCUCUCCCUCCUCUACGCCUACACGACCCCUCCGCCCGAAUCUGCCCUGACGGCCUUCGCGAACCGAAUCGCCAUUCCCGAUCCCAAGACGGGCGAACCCCUCUCGCUCGCUUCCGACCUCGCAAUCGUCGAACAAGCCUUGAUCCACGAGUCGUUCUGGGACGGCGUGCGGGCACUCCAAGACGUCCUCCCUCUCACAUCGGCCAACAAUCCCACUCGGCGGUACACCAACUACCACGACAUCCGUCUCUCCGACUCGCCCACGACGAGCGAAGUCUUCGCGCACAACGGCUCGCUCGCAGCACUGGGCAACUCGCUCCUCGGCACCUUCGCGACCGAACUCGUCCUCGAGUCCUUCCCCAACCUCCCUACCCGCGCAGCGAAAGCAGCCGUGACGCUCUACGUCGGUCCGAAGAGCUUGGCAGCUGUUGCGGGACACCUGUGGGGCGUUGGGCCGAGUAGGCUCGAGAAGGCGCUGGUGGGACACGAACCGCCGCCCCGGCCGUCGAAGAAGGAUCUGGCGUAUGGACAUCUUGUGGAGGGCCGCGGAGGGGCGAAGAAGGUGGGACCUGAAACGGGCGCGAAGGAGACGGCGGCGGGUCCGGGUCUGAUCAGGUGGAACAGGAAGCCCACCACGCCCAUGAAGGACGCGGUUCUGUUCGAGGACGCCAUGGCGUCUGUCGCCCGCGCCGUCGUCGGCGCAAUCUACCAAAAGCACGGCUUUGUCGCCGCGCGCGCGUUCGCCCACGCGCACUUCCUCGCGCGUCUCGCUCCUCCCCCUUCGACCACCCUCGCCUCGCCCUCCGCCGCAACCGACCUCACCCCUCUCCUCAAGUUCACUCAGCCGACAAAGGUCCUCGCCGCCUCCCUGGCGCAGUACAACCUCCCUCCUCUCCGCCAUGCACUCCUGAAAGAGACCGGACGACUCUCGGCGCACCCGAUCUUCGUCUCGGGCGUGUUUAGCGGAGACGUCAAGCUUGGAGAAGGGUUCGGGAGCAGUAUCCGGAUGAGCGAGUUCAGGGCGAGCGAGGACGCGUUGAGGAGGGUGUACCUUGGUGGUGGGAGGCAGAAGGGCGGGUUGCCGAGUGACGGAGCGCUGUUCGAGGGAUGGACGAACGCGGAUGGCUGGACCGAGGUCGACAUCGAGUCGCGGUCGUGA